AUGAAGUUCUUCACCGCCGUCGCCAUGACCGCCAUGGUCUCCUUCGCCGCCGCCGCCACCCAGGCCGACAUCCCCGACUGCGCUAAACCCUGCGCCGCCGCCGCCGCCAAGAAGGUCGGCUGUGCCGCCGACGACGUGAAGUGCGCUUGCGCCCACCAGUCCGACAUCCGCACCGAGGCCGCCAGCUGCGUCAUGGAGAAGUGCAGCUCCGACGACGCCGUCAAGGCCGCCAAGGUCGCCUCGGAUCUCUGCAAAUAA